GAACUUUCUAACAGUUUAAAUUGUACAGAAGGUUAGUGAUAAAAAAUACUUUAAUCCCAUAAAUCACUUUGCAAUGUGGCCAAUAGGGUUAGAAAUUUGAAUAUAACUACCACUAUUAAUUUCUUUUUUUUGCAAUUGUUUGUUUUUUGGAAUCACUGACAACCACAUUGUAAUCUAGCUAAUUUGUUAAAUGAUUAUAGGAUAAUGUUUGAAGAUACUGUUUUAUUCAAGCCAAUAAGUUUUGGAAAUGAAAUCAAUUUGCAACAUCGAAUAGUAAUGGCUCCUCUAACUAGAAACAGAGUUGGUAGAGAUGCUGUUCCAACUGAUUUAAUGCUAACCAAUUACAAUGAUAGAUCAAAAUAUCCUGGCACAUUGAUAAUAGCUGAAGCUACUUUGGUCUCUAAAGAAGUUGGUGGAGAACCAUAUAUUCCUGGUAUUUAUUCUAGUGAUCAAAUAAAAUCCUGGAAGAUGAUUGUUCAGAAAGUCCAUCAGAACAAGUCUUUUAUUUUUAUUCAACUCUGGGGAAUUGGGAGAUUAGCCAACCCAAAAUUAUUAAAAGAAAAGGGAAUAGAAUAUAAAGCACCAUCCAAAAUAUAUUUCAAUGAUUAUUUAGAACUAGCAAAGAGAUCAGGCAACGAACUAAAAGAACUAACUAUUGAAGAAAUAUAUAAAAUAAAAGACAAUUUUAUCCAGGCAUCUAUAAAUUGUUGUGAUAAAGCUGGUGCUGAUGGAAUCGAAAUCCAUUCAUGCUAUGGCUACUUACUAGAUCAAUUUCUUCAAGAAGUUUCUAAUAAAAGGGAUGACUUAUAUGGAGGUUCAGACAUUGUGAAUCGUUCAAGAUUACUUUUCGAAAUUAUCGGUGGAAUUGGUGAAAAAAUUGGUUACGAUAAAAUUGGGCUUAGAUUAUCUCCUUGGAGUACUGGUGGUGGAAUGCCAGGUUUGCAUCAUCCAAAUCCUCAAAUAUUAAUUGACCAAUAUGUUUAUAUUCUUAAGAAACUACAAAAAAUGGCAGAUAAUGGAAAAAAAAUUGCUUAUAUUUCAAUGAUUGAGUCUCAUAUUAACGGUGGUCCUAAUGAUUACAAAAAAUUCAACAAACCUUUGGAUAGGUUAGUUCUGAAUGAUUGGUGCUUGAAACAUUGGAAAGGAAUAGUUAUAAGAACUAAUGCAUAUUACUGGGACGAACCAGAAUAUGAUUUACUAAAAAAAGAUUUGGCAAAGGACAAAGAUGAAAGAACUUUGAUAGGUAUUGGAACUCCAUUUAUAUCUAAUCCUGAUUUAGUAAAUAGAUUAAAAAAUGGAUAUCCACUUAAUGAUUGGGACACUAGUACUUUCUCCACUCAAAGCAACUGGGGUUAUAAUACUUGGAAUACCUAUAAUAGUAACAAAAAGUACAAUAAACAACAUGAAUUAAAAAAAUUUGGAAAACCAUUGAUAAAAUUUUAAUGUUGAAUGUUGAAUGUUGAAUGCUAUUGUUAAACCACGUUGUUCUUUUUGAAUAAACUGAACUAUUCCUUUUUGAUUGACAAUAAAAAUUGAUUGCAUCUUUAUAUUUUUAUAUAUAAUCAUGAAAUAAAAAAUAAAAGUGAAAGUGAAAGUAAAAUGAUUUCAGAAAGUCUAAUAAACGCCAAAAUAAAAAGAUGGAAAUUCAAAGAGAGUAUCUAAACUCUGGGUUUUCUUUAUCAGUCAAAUCUAAAAAUUCUGAAUUUUCAACUUUGACAUACUUUUCACCAAGUUCAGCUUUAAUCUUGUCUCUUUUUUUAUUUUCAAAGAAAUCCAUAGCCCACAUAAUACCAAUAACAAUAAACGCAGUAGUGAAACC